UGCCAAAGACAGUGCUGGUGGGUCUAAUAAUCGAAUAAUUAUAAAUAUAAUUGCUGUGGUUUGUCAGCGGCACGGUCGCGGUCUGUGAGCAAUCCUUGCGACGCUGGAAGUGUCGGGUGCCGGAGGUUACAAUCCACUUUUUUUUGACACAUUCUGACACAAUCUCGCUUCAAGUGAUCAAUCGCUCCAAACUUUUUGGCAACGCGGCAGCAAGGCAGUGCGCAUGUGCGAAGGUGUCUAAACUGACAAUGCGGGAGAGAUAGCGAGUCCGGAUUGAGAAAGGGAGAGAGAGAGUGAAAGACAGAGUGAGGGAGUGUGAGAGAGAGGGAGUGAAAGAGACAGAAAGACAUCCGAGAAUCUUGAGAAUCCCAUCAGCAUCGGACACAGCCACCAUGAGAUCCAAAGGGAGGGCUCGCAAACUGGCCACAAGUGAUGACAGCCUGUAUGAUGAGUACUCAGCUACAGCAGCAGAAGAGGAACCGAAUGCUGAUGAAGAGACGGGACAUCUGUCCCUCAGUGCCCACGAUCUGUCCUCACCUGCCACAUCCAAUGAAGACUUUACACCAAAGGAUGGAUCUCCUUAUAAAGCUCCCAUCUACAUUCCUGAUGACAUACCCAUUCCACUAGAAUUUGAACUGCGCGAGUCAAGCAUUCCAGGCGCCGGAUUAGGAAUAUGGACUAAGAGAAAGAUGGAAGUGGGUGAGAAGCUUGGUCCUUAUGUUGGAGAAGAGCUGUCAAGCUUGAAGGACCCCUUUCAAGGCUGGGAAGUUUUGGAUGAGUUAGGCAAUGUGAAGUUCUGCAUCGAUGCCAGUCAGCCUGAUAUAGGGAGCUGGCUCAAAUACAUCAGGUUUGGACGAAGCUAUGAUCACAACCUAGUCGCAUGCCAGAUAAAUGAUCAGAUUUUUUACAGAAUUAUACGAGACAUUAGCCCAGGAGAGGAGCUCUUGGUGUUGAUGAAGAGUGGAGGCUACCCUCAAGAAACAAUGGCUCCAGAGAUACUUGAGGAGCGUGAGUAUCGUUGCGAUGAGUGCAAUAAGCUCUUUGAGUGCAAAGCAGAGCUGCUGGACCACCAGAAGUUCACUUGCAGCAGUUCUCCCACUGCAUUCUCUAUGGUAGAUGAAGACUUCAAACCGAAGCUGAAUGGUGAAGAUGAACUUCACGAGUGUAAGGAGUGUGACGGAGUCUACCCAGACGCUCAAAGCCUGGACAGACAUCUGAUGACACAUACGGAGGAGAGAGAAUAUAAGUGCGACCAGUGCCCUAAAGCCUUCAACUGGAAGUCGAAUCUCAUUCGUCACCAGAUGUCACAUGACAGUGGCAAGCACUAUGAAUGUGAAAACUGCGCCAAGCAGGUUUUUACAGACCCCAGCAAUCUGCAGAGACACAUUCGCUCACAGCAUGUCGGUGCUCGAGCGCAUGCCUGUCCGGAAUGUGGAAAGACAUUCGCCACUUCCUCAGGUCUCAAGCAACACAAGCACAUCCACAGCAGUGUCAAGCCAUUCAUCUGUGAAGUUUGUCACAAAUCAUACACACAGUUUUCUAACUUGUGCCGCCAUAAAAGAAUGCACGCAGAUUGCAGAACACAGAUCAAGUGCAAGGACUGCGGUCAAAUGUUCAGCACGACCUCAUCAUUAAACAAGCAUCGACGAUUUUGUGAAGGGAAGAACCAUUUCACCACAGGGGGCUUAUUCGGUCAAGGCAUUACCCUUGCAAAUGCUCCAACUUUGGAGAAGUCCAGCUUGGUGAACUUGAAUCAUAGCAAUCCUGGCCUUGCUGACUAUUUUGGUGCAAAUAGGCACGCGGCUGGACUAACUUUCCCAGCAGCCCCUGGCUUUCCAUUUAGCUUUCCUGGUCUGUUUCCCUCAGGGCUUUAUCACAGGCCUCAAUUGAUACCUGCUAGCUCACCAGUAAAAGGGCUGUCAAGCAACGAGCAGAACACCAAACAUCAAAGCCAGUUGUUGCCAUCAUCCCAAAUGCUGCCUAACACACCGGACGCUUUGAAGGCAGCAAAUCGGCAGUCUCCUUCAGAUGAAGUUCGACCCCUGGGGGUCCCAUCUGAGAAGACUUCUCAGGAGAAGCCACGGGGCAAAACCAGUGACCAAUCAGAAAGCAGUGACCUCGAUGAUGUCAGUACACCCAGUGGCAGUGACUUAGAGACGACCUCUGGAUCUGAUCUGGAAAGCGACAUUGAAAGUGACAAAGAGAAAAACAAAGAAAAUGGCAAAACUACAGCAGAGAGUGCAAAUAGCCCUCAGAAAGCAGUCCCUACAAACACCAAUAAGAGAGAAUUUUCCAAUCACUCACUUUUAUCCCCUCCACUGGAUGAACAGAUUGCAGUGACAGGAGCUGUUAAUGACUCUAUUAAGGCUAUUGCUUCUAUCGCUGAGAAGUACUUUGGUUCUACUGGACUUGUAGGCAUGCAAGACAAAAAAGUAGGACCCUUGCCAUACCCUUCCAUGUUCCCUUUUCAAUUUUUCCCUGCCUUUUCUCAAUCAAUGUACCCAUUCCCAGAUAGAGACUUAAGCGGUGUACCCUUAAAAAUAGAACCCCAGUCACCCAGCGAGCUGAAGAAGCUGAGGAAUGCAAGUUCCGAAUCACCCUUUGAUCUCACCACCAAACGUAAGGAGGAGAAGCCAAUUCCACCCGUGACCUUAAAGCCACUGAGUUCUCAUUAUGCAAGUGAAGAGCAGCCUCUGGAUCUGAGCAUGAGCAGCAGGAGUCGGGCCAACGCAGGCACCGUGUUAGAACCCCGGAAGAAUCACGUGUUUGGGGAGCGGAGGAUCUCCAGUGUUGAGCAAGCCAAGAGCUCAGAUCAUUCUCUGCAGCAUGCCAAACCAACACCUUUCUUCAUGGAUCCAAUAUACAGUAGAGUGGAAAAAAGGAAACUUUCUGACCCAGUAGAAGGACUGAAGGAGAAGUACAUGAAGCCUACUCCAAAUUUCUUAUUCCAUCCACAGUUCCGCUUGCCAGAUCAAAGAAUUUGGAUGUCAGCAAUUGAGAACAUGGCAGAGAAGCUGGAAGGUUUCAGUUCAUUGAAGCCAGAAGCCAAUGACCUCCUCCGGUCUGUCCCCUCAAUGUUUGAUUUUAGGGCACCCCCGUCCGUCAUUCCAGAAAGCCUGCUGCGAAAGGGCAAGGAACGGUACACCUGCAGAUACUGCGGCAAGAUUUUUCCAAGAUCUGCAAACCUGACCCGGCACCUUCGGACACACACUGGAGAGCAACCUUACAGGUGUAAAUACUGUGACCGCUCAUUCAGUAUCUCCUCCAAUUUGCAACGGCAUGUACGCAACAUUCACAACAAGGAAAAACCAUUCAAGUGCCACCUCUGUGACAGGUGCUUUGGUCAGCAAACGAAUCUGGACAGACAUCUGAAGAAGCAUGAGAAUGGAAACAUGUCAGGAACUGCAACAUCUUCACCUCAUUCAGAAAUAGACAGUAGCAGUGCCAUUCUGGAUGAUAAGGAAGAUGCCUACUUUACUGAAAUUCGGAAUUUCAUUGGAAAUAGUAACCACACUGAAUGUUCACCAGGGCACAUAGAGGAGAGAAUCAAUGGGAGUCAUUAUGAGGAGAAAAGUCUCGUGACCAGUCAGAAAAUUCGUGAACUGGACGAUGAUGAUGAUGAUGGAGAAGAUGAUGUGGAGCUGGAGGAAGACGAAGGAGUCUGUAACCCAAUAAGAAAACUAACCAAUGAUCCAGUUGUUUGUAAGAUGGAUGGAGGAAAUCAAGAACAUUCUGAAUUUGAGGCGAGGGAGACAGAGCAAGACAGCAAGGAAUCUCCUAGCAGUUAUAAAGCAGAUGAUGUGAGACUUGAAAACAAGAGCAGUCUUUCCGCCCUAGAACAUAUCCGGCACUUCACAGACAGCCUCAACGCAAGGAAAGCUGAGAACAGUCAAUUCGUUGAGGCCGAUCUGAACACAUACAGCACUACCCAUCUGUCAGAGGAUCUGAAGCAGCCCUUAUACAGGAAAUCAAAGUCACAGGCCUAUGCCAUGAUGCUCUCUCUGUCCGACAAGGAACCCAUUCACUCCGCAUCGCACAGUGGCCCCAACAUGUGGCACAGUCUGCCAAGAGCUGCAACAGAGCCCAGCACCCUGCAAUCUGUUAGCCAUGUAUGACACUUCGCAAUAACCAGAUGGGACCAAGUCCAGCGUCGUACAUAGCAUGACCUUUGGAAUUUUUGAUUCUUUUAUUUUUACCCUUUCCUUUCGUGUCUAUUUAUAGAGAGAGACUCCUGAGCAGAAAGCCUUAGAAAUCUGCUGGGUCACCCCAAUCGGAAUUUUGUGACCUUAAACUGACAGUUUAAAAAAAAAAGAAUUGUAUUUAUUCUCCUAGUAUUUUGUUUUGCACAGCGAAGGCAGCUGCGUUGUGAGGAUCAAUGCAACUCAAAGUAGUUCAACUAGGAACUGGGUGCUCACGUCUCCGUGGCCCAGGAGAGCGUCUUCCAUUGUACUCACUGGGAGAGGGUUAGACCAUUUUCAAUGUAUCUGAGAAUUCGAUUUGUUGAAAACUAAAUCAUUUGUAUAAAAUUCAUUUUAAUGGGGAGUUUGGGCAACAUUGUCUCUUCCUGUACAAACCUAUUAUUUGCAUUAUUUUUCAGUUCUUUUAAGCACAAAUCAAGAUGACUUUUAUUAUUGUGUAAUCAAACUCUGUUUCAUAAAACAAAGACAACACUGAAGAUCUCCAAUCUGCAUUCAGAAAUAAAUGUUUCUUCCCCCACCCCCCGGAAAACUUCCAAAUUAACUUUAAUUUUAGACAAUCAUUUGUGUAAUUUUUGUUAACGAUGUGUGUGCGGCACUGUGCUAUUUAUUUGGUUACUUAGCAAUAUCACACUGUUCAGUUCACACACAAGCAUACACACAUACUGACAGGUGCUUCAUAUCACAGGUUGAGAUCUUUGAUCCCAAGUCUGGGGCAGGGAGGGUGAGGGUGGGGAUAGGGAGGGGAGGGGUAAGGCAGCGGAUAUACAUGAGUGCCAAAUAGUGUUGGGGGAAAAAAACACAAAAAAAUCAAUCUUAUGCGUUUUAAUGAAUCUGCCUAAUGAAUAGACUUUACUUAGUUUGUUUUGUUUAAUACAAUGAGCUGAUUCGAUUGUAUGAACAGUUAUGACUCCUUCAUUACAGCAUGAUUCUCCUAAUUAGACCUGUACCUGAUAUUUUAAGCUAUUUGUCUGCUUGUGUGGUGUUUUGUUCCAGUAACCCUAUUCAGUGGCAGCAGUUAAGGUAUAAAUGUGCCAAACUUAUGUUUGAAAAAAACAAAAAAACAGAUUGUAUUUCUUAUAUUUCGCCGUUCAUGGCGAGCAGAUUCGUCUUUUUUUUGUUUAUAUCUGAUUUUGAAUAGCCAGCAAACUGAGGUACUUUCUCUAAAUGCUUUGUACAAUGUAUCUGUUAUGCAUUUAAAUAAAAAUAUAAUGAGAGGAACAGCUAAUAAAAAUAAAAGCAAACCCAA